AUGUACACAGAUUUCGAAAAAUGGAUGAGACGGUGCCUACCGUGCCAACAGUGGAACCCGCGACGAUUCAAGGAACAAGAACAGUACACUGUACCAGUUGGGCAUCCAUUUGCGAAAAUCCAUCUUGAUGUACAACACCUUCCCCUUCAUCAAGGCAUAAAGUAUCUGCUGGAGGGGCGAUGCUAUCUUACUGGGUACGUGGAAGCAGAAGCGAUCAGGAAGUGUACUUCGAAGGCCAACAUACUGGCGAAGCUUAACAUUCAGCAAAUCACUACCUCCCCGUACAAUGCCAGAGCGAAUGGUAUUAACGAAUCUGGGCAUAUCUCUAUUGCCAGCAGCCUGGCAAAAAUGACAGACGGUACUGGGAAGAGUUGGAGAUCACUGCUACCAGCUGUGUUAUUCGCUGAUCGAACCUCGAUCCGAUCUACAACAGGAAAGACUCCUUUUCGACUUGUCCAUGGAUAUGAUCCAAUCACUCCAAUUGAGAUGGAUCUUCUAUCAUGGCGGAUACUUGACUGGCAAUCGAUAAUUCCUCUGGAAACUGGAGACAAAAUCAAGGAUGCUCAAGCUGCCCAUGAGCUUCUCAAACUCAGGAUCCAGAGCAUGGAAGACAGAGACCUUGAAUUCAAGGAUAUUGCUAUGAAAGUCGGUCAACCAAGACAAAAAAUGGCAGAAUGGAGGAAUGCGAAGAAUAAAAGACUGCUCCGACCAAAGAUAGGAGAGGUCACAAUUGGAGAUCUUGUUCUGGUGUAUGACAAUAUCAGAUCUAUCGAUAUGUCAUUAAGCAGGAAACUUACGUUCAGAUGGCGUGGACCAUUCAGAGUCAGGGGCAUCAGUUCGAAAAAGGCUUACUACCUUUGUACCUUGGACGGGAUUCAAAUCGAGACGCCAUUUAGCCCUGAUCGAAUCAAGAAGCUGUACAGUAUCAACGACGUACUACUUCGAGAUGACGAAUUACCACUUCUCACUCAAGAGCCGCUCGAAGAACAAGAAGUUGAAUAA